GAGCAGCAACCAUGCAUGAUCUGCACUAUCAGCAGCAGAUCAACACCUUACCGUCGGCGUCGUCAGCGAUGGAGAAGAGAAGGAGAAAGAGAGAAGUGGAUGUCGUUCAUCCUCGGCGCCGGAAGCGAAUCCUUACACACCUACCCCUGCUUGCCUGGACCCCUUAUCCAACGUCUCUCAUCUCCGACACCUUGGUACCUUGAUAACGAUAGACAGGACUUGCUUAAUUCGGCAAGUAUCGGCAAUCCACAUGGUUUGUCUUCAAGCUGGUCGAUUUCAGCCAUGGUUAUAAGAAGAAUGGGUAAACUCCGACCCCACCCUGCGAGUCUGUAGCCGAAUUCCUCAGCUCAGGUCCCAUCUCAGAUAAGGGCGUGAGUUUCAUGGACAUAAGUACCUCUAUGCGGUCUCCCGCAUGGUGGCACAUCUUGCUCACUCUCUAGAUAACCAAUAAUCUCACUCACGUCAGUCGUCAUGGCUUCUCCAGCAAAUCUCGCACUCGAUGGUGGCGAUCCUCGACAGGAAGGUGGACUUGGGGUCUCAAACUACCCACCACAGAUGAUUCGCAAGCUUCACGACCCUACUAUAUCAUUUGAAGAGUAUCUCCAUUACGCCAAAGAAUCUCGAGCUUGGGAAGCAAGUGCGGCAAAUGCGGAAUCCACAUCUCUCGAAGGAUCUGCUUUGAAGAGACGCUUCAGACUCGGAAAAGAGAAAAAGAUCAUUCAGGGAGAAGCCCCUCAGCCAGCGAUUGGUAAUGCGAUAGCUACCGAGAAGCAUUCCUUGGCCAAGGAGUCGCUGAAGAAUGGUAGCGUCACGGGAGUGGUGACAUCAAACGUCACUGAUGAUGAGUGGUCGACUGCAUCCAGGGCUGCCCGGACUGCAACUUGGGGAGCCGUGUUCUUCUUGCUCACAACCGAUAUCUUGGGUCCUUUCUCUGUUCCAUGGGCCAUUGCUCAGACUGGAUUUGGUCCUGGAUGGGCUUUGUACACCUUAUUUGGAAUUUUUGCUGGCUACUCUGGUUGGCAGAUUUGGGUGAUGUAUAUACACCUCGACUCGGAUCGUCAUCCCUGCAAAUCGUACGGCAACAUAGCAUACCGAAUCUUCGGUCCUUGGGCCAGGUAUUGCGUCAAUAUGCUGCAAUCCAUCCAACUUCUGUUUAUCGUGUCUGGCGUAGUCCUAUCAAGCGGCCAGUCGAUUGCGCAGAUCUCGAAGAAUUCCAUCUGCUACAUCAUCUGCAUCUUCAUCUAUACAAUCGCAGGCAUGUUUGUUGGACAAGUCAGGACUUUGCAGAGGUUUGGUUGGUUGGCGAAUCUCGCGGUUUGGCUCAACUUGCUCAUCAUGUUUAUUGUCAUGGGAGUAGCAGCGCACUCAUCACCAAACUACCAAGCCACACUAGCAUCCUACAGCAUUCCAGAAGGCCCCGUAAUCACCUACGCCGGAACACCUCCGGGAACAACUUUCCUACGAGUGUCGAUGAUGUUCUGCGAGUUUAUGUCCGAGAUGCGCAAGCCAACCGACUUUUGGAAAGGUCUGAUCUGCGCACAAGCCGUUAUUUACACCUGCUACGUCACCUUCGGCAUGGUGGUUUACAGUUUCCAAGGCCAGUUCGCGUUCAACCCCGCUAUGCAAGGCUUGUCGCCGUCAAUUAGCAAACGGGCGGAAUAUUAUGUUCCUAUUUUCUGGCCUGAUUGCCGCUGUCUUUACAGUAAUAUUGGGAUCAAGGUCAUGUAUGUCAACGUCCUUCAGGAGCUUUUGCAUGCCCCACCCCUCACCACCAAGACGGGGAAAUGGCUCUGGAUUAGUCUAGUGCCUGUCUAUUGGUCCGUAGCAUUCAUUAUAUGCGCCUCCAUCCCCCAAUUCAGCUAUAUCUCCGGUCUCGUCGGCGCAGUUUGUAUCCUGCAAUUCACAUACACCUUCCCUCCGAUCCUCAUGCUCGGAUUCGAGAUCAAGAAAGGGGCGAUCCUACCAUCGGAGGUCUUUGACGCUGUGACCGGCACCUUUACGAGGGAAGACGGCGGUGUGAAGAGGUGGGCGAGAGGCUUCAUGCAGAAGUGGGGUGUCAAUGCUUUUAAUGUUUUCUAUGCGAUUGGUGCUACGACAACGGCUGUGCUGGGUAUUUACUCCAGUGUUGUCAGUUUGAUUGCUGGGUUUAAGGGAUUGACUGUGGCGACGAGUUUUUGGUGUGCUGCUCCUGUGUGAUGCUAUUCUGGGAUGUUUAUAUGUGCCAUACGUUUCGGACUCUCACCACAUUGAAA